UUCUGGCUUGCUUGCUUCUGUUCCAGGAGCCAUGGGAGCUCAACUUGCGACGAAUGUUGCUCCUCGUCGUGAUCGCGCUCUUCUUCUUCUUCAUGAAUCGCCGCUGUAGCUUCAGCAGCUUCGUGUUUGCAGUCUUCGGCAUCUUCCGCUCUGGUUGUUGAUUAGGAGAACAAUCGGGAACUGAUCCAUUGCGCGUUUUGUUUCUCUCUCUCGUUCGAGGAUUUUUUGAAUUAAGAUGGGUAAUACUGCAAGUCAAGAUGUGAAGUCGAGCCCGGUAGCUGCGGCGACGGAAGCUGUAGCAGCAGUUGUCGCUGCGGAGGCGCCAAAGAAAAAGAUAUGCUGUGCGUGUCCAGAGACAAAGAAGUUGCGAGACGAGUGCAUCGUGGAGCAUGGGGAGGCCGCGUGUGGAAAGUGGAUUGAUGCUCACAAGCAGUGCCUGCGGCGAGAGGGUUUCAAUGUGUAGCGGUAUUUCAUCCGAAAGUUUCGAAAAAAAUAUUUUUGAUUGAGCAUCUAUCAAUAUUUAGAGAUGAAAGAAUAACAUGAACUGUUCUAUGUCUCCUAAUUACAAUGCAUCUGAGAUUGCACGAGAGAAAUAGACGGUUCUAUUUUUUCAAUAAGGAUAGGAAUACAAUCUGGUUAUGGGACAUUGUAGGAUUGAAGCAGAAAAGCGAACGUUUCAUCUUUGUGUGUGGAGAAAUUCAUUUUUGACACUAGCGUGUGCAACACCACAAUUGUGGGUUUUAUCCCCUCAUCAAUUCAAUGCCUUGUUUGUGGUAAUAAAGUGAUCUGCCUCCGCAUA